CCUAAUUGUUGGUUCAGUUUAUGCAUGUCGAAAAGGAGCAUAUAUUAACUAAAUGUGUUAGCUCAUUUCAUCAAAUACGCUUCGUGAUCCGGAAUAAUUCGUUCUCCAUUUUUUAGUUGAGAUAAAACAUAACCUAAUUAUUGGUGCCUACAACAGUUGCUCUCCUGUCGAGAGGAGUAAAUUGUCUUAUAUGAUGUUCGGUUUGCGGGAGACAACGAGAGAGUAUUGAACAUUUGUUUUUCGUUUUUCCCUGGCCAUCUAGUUAUGGGCCUUUGUGAGAGCGGCGUGAUUUCCUCGGUCUUGACUGUUAAUUUUUGUUUAUGGUGACUUCAUGUUAUGCUAAAUGUGCAAUCCCAAAUAGGGAUGGCAACAAAACCCGAACCCACGGGUAUCCUACCCGAUGGUCCCGAUCCAAUCCGGUCAACGUGAGUAAAACCCGUGUUGACGGGUUUUGGGCCGGGUUUGGGUUUAAACCCGUUCACUAUUCAUCGGGUUGGGUUUGGGUUUAGGUAAACCCGCCCCAUGGGUACCCGCCCACACCCAUAUAAUUAAUUUUACCGGUAUAUUUAAUAUUCUAAACAACUAACCAUAAAAAAAAUAUUCUAAACAACUAAUCUUCUUUAUGUUUGUGGAGACAUGUCUAAUUUUUUCUUUCUAAUUGUGUAAAAUGAAGUUGAUAUUAUAGAGUGGAGAGUGAAGAAGCUUAAUUGACAAGGAGGAAGAAGCUUUCAAUUAAUCAUUUUUUUUAUCGAUAAUUUGUGAUUUGCUUCACUUUUUUUUUAGUUUUCUAGAUUGGUGUUGAACAAUUUGUAUAGUUAAUUUGUGAUUUGCUUGAAUUUUUAAGAAUGGUAUUUUGUAUAUGGAUAACUUGUAUUGAAAGAUUGAUAUUUGACUUUUAUUUUGAUAGGAACUUGUUAUUGUAAAUUUUUUACGAAUAAACCCAUGGGUACCCAUAAACCCGCGAAUACCCAGCAGGUUAGGUUGGAUUUGAGUUUUCCAAAACCAAUGGAUUUUACCCCGGAUUUUUUUCACGGAUAAACCCAUGGAUUUGGGUUUGGCAAAAUUCGACCCAACCUGACCAAUUGUCAUCCCUAAUCCAAACCUUAUUCUCUAACCUCCAAUAUAUCAGUUGUGGAGCACCUGGAUCUCGCAAUGAAGUGGUUUUCGAAAAUACUCAACAACGUACAUGCUCGUCUAUUUUCUUUCAAAAUCCUUGAAUGUCCUCUCCCGCCCAACUCACCCUGUAUGCUCUCUUCCGUCCCUCUACUUUGGCUCCUAACUUUCUACGAGUGCUCCCCUGAAGACCUAGGGAAGAUAAACUUUGGUGUGUUGGAUCCUUACCUUGCAGAAUUGUUUGCUGCAAGAGAUGCCAUUUCGGUUGUGAUAUCAAAAAGCUUGCCUCGUAUCAUCGUGGAAGGAGAUGCGGAAGUAGUCAUUCGACAGCAAGGCCAAGAUGUGGUGUCGUAACCUUCUGGUGGGCCCCUGUUCCGGGAGUGCCGUAAGUUAGUCUAGUAUUAUCCUCUUUGUAUAGUGUUUAGGUUCAUAGGGUAGUUUUGAGGAAUGGACUGCCAAAUUGAGCCGCCCAUAGAGUAGCACAUAUAGCCGUGUUGAUGUCCCCUUUAGACUAGCUUCUUUCGUUUUGUAUGGGGGCUUCAUUGUAGUGAGGUGUGUGAAGUCUUGAAGCUCUCACGACAACUUGAGGUUUUUUGUUUGAAUUCUGGUGACCCCUUUGAUAAACACAUGGUGUCUGAUGCAUGUACAAAUUUCAAACAAAUAUGAAGGUCUUUUCAUUUGAGGGGCAUGGUAGUAUGUAGUAUAACAUCCAUCCACUAUCAAAUCUCUCUAAAAAAACUCGAAUUAUUGAAAUCAAUCAGUUAUUUGACUGUUCAAACUCUAAUUAAAGUUGGAAUACUUAUUAUUCUUUAGCCAUUAAUAAUAACGACUGAAAACCAAUACAUCAUACCAUAAAGGCAUAACUAGUUGAAAGAAUUACAAAUUCUAACUCCAUAAUCCAAACACCAUCUUUCACGACCCAACUCCAAGACAUAACCCGUCGGCGGGUUUGGGAUACGACCCGUUUAUGCUUUUUUGGAGGAAGUUUUAAUGGCUGCAGAGUGGCGCGAACGGUUUUUUCCUUCUUUUUCUGAAAUAAAAAGGACCUCAACGGCCCGGCCCCCUUCAUUAAAAUCCCUGGUCCCUGCGGUUUUCGACAGCUGCUAGCAGUACACCACACUCUGUUUUCAUUUCCCCCCUCUCUCUCUCUCUUCCUCUGGUUUGUUGGCUCCAAAGCAACGCGCAGCAAGCAAGCGGCAGCUAAGCUAAUCCCCUCUCUCUCUUUUAUCACCAGAGAGAGAGAGUAGAAAAGGCAAGCAAAGCAGCGCCAGAAACCCACAUGUUUCAGAAUCAUCAUGUAGCGAUUCCCUUCCCUUUGCCAUUAAUUCCCCCGUCUGGCAAGUUUUUCUUCUUCCUUCAAAUUGAACAACAACAACAACAAAAAAAAAAUUGACAGAGAAAAUUUAAGGCAUAGGGAGAAUUUAUGGAGGAGGUUGUGGGGUGGUCUCGUGGGUCGCCCCCCUAUUCAAUGCUCUCUAUCUCUGUUUCUCUCUCUCUCUCUCGUCCUUCUUCCCCUCUAUUUGAUGCUUUCGUUUUUGGGUAGUCGAGAUUUGUUUUAAAUGCUCCUCUCCUUCCCCCAAACUGUUUAAAAUGACCCUUCUCACCGAGUCCCUCUCUCCAGAGUUCCAUUGGCAAUUUUUUUUCCGUCCUCUGUUGCCCCCUUUCUUUCCUCUGUUUCUGGGUUUGAAGCUGUUUCGUUUGUUGAUGUGAAAGUGGUUCAGUGUGGUAUUGGCCCGGUUCACUCAGACGGAAAGAACCACAAAAAUUGGUGAUUUCCCCCCGUUUUGAUUGAGCCGUGCCAAUAUCUCAAUGCUACUUUCAUCGUUGCCCUUUCUCGCCGUCCCUGUUUGACGACGACUAAUCUCGAAGAAAUCGUGCUCUGUUUUUAUGGCUUCCUCUGUUUUUCUGCUUUCCUGAUUUGAUUUCCUUUGGUGCGUUCAUCAGGUUUCCCGCUCGCAUUUCAGGACUCUUCAAAAGAGCUUUGAGGGAAUCGCAAAGAAGCGACGUCGUACGGGGCGAGUAGCUACUUAUCCAUGUAAUCCGGAGGGGAAUUUAGGUAUUCUAUCAAGGAAGAGCAAAGGAAUUUAGGUCUUCAUGGGCGUUUUUUUUUAUUAUUAUUACUUAUAAUAGUUUGAAAAAGGUAUGUACUAGUCUAAUGGAGUAGUAUUAUUGUACAUGAAUCUAAUUAAUUAUGAUUUAUUGU